AGGGGUUAGGGCCAGAGAAUAUUAAAAAGAUGCAUGGAUCUGGCGUUUAAUUAAGCUACCUAAAGUUCGCUAACGACCGUGCAAGGUUGUCAUGGAUGCGUAUUUUCUCCAGAUGGCAGCUCAUUUUAACGCUUAUUUUGACGGCGUUGCCUGCUUCACUUCAAUUAUAUGCAGAUAAAAAUUUAACCUUUUAAUUGAUUACAUUUUCUCUGAUAUUUACAGAUAAUUCACAGAAACCUCAAGCUAGCUGUCUAAGUUAAGAGAGGUAGCAGAAUGUCUGCCUUGUCACUGUCCUGUUGGAAUAAACUGCAGCUUAAACCGCAGUACAUAAGGACUUUUCUUCGAAAUGCAUUUCUGUGUCCAAACCAGGACUCCAGGCUUCACAGUUCUGGACAGCAUUCGCACAGAAGGAGGGUUGUUAUCACUGGCAUAGGGUUGGUUUGUCCACUGGGCACAGGGACUGCUCUACCCUGGGAGUGUCUUGUUAAAGGGCACAGUGGGAUUGUUGCUUUAGACUCUGAGGAGUACAGGACUGUGCCCUGUAGGGUGGCAGCUCUGGUACCAAGAGGGACUGAUGAGGGCCAGUUUAAGGAGGAAAACUUUGCCUCUCGUGGGGAUAUUAACAGCAUGUCACCUGCUACAGUAAUGGCCAUUGGAGCUGCUCAGCUGGCUCUGGAGGACUCAGGGUGGUGCCCUAAAAACCCAGAGGAACAGCUUAACACAGGAGUGGCUGUCGGCAUGGGUAUGGUGCCAUUGGAUGAGAUUUCUCGCACCUCCACCACCUUUCAAGAAAAGGGUUACAACAAAGUGAGCCCGUUCUUUGUUCCCCGCAUCCUGGUCAACAUGGCUGCUGGCCACAUAAGUAUCAAACACAAACUGAAGGGUCCCAACCAUGCUGUGUCCACAGCCUGCACCACAGGAGCUCACGCCGUAGGUGAUGCAGCCAGGUUCAUAACCCACGGAGAUGCAGUUGCUAUGGUUGCAGGUGGAACAGAGUCUUGUGUAGGGCCUCUUUCGAUAGCCGGCUUUGCCAGGGCACGUGCACUUGCAACCAAAUGGAAUGACAGCCCUACGCUUGCGUCAAGACCCUUUCAUCCGGAGAGAGAGGGCUUCGUGAUGGGAGAGGGAGCAGCUGUUCUCCUGCUAGAGGAGCUGGAUCAUGCAGUGAAGAGAGGAGCUAGGAUCUAUGCUGAAGUCCUGGGAUAUGGGCUGUCAGGGGAUGCCAGCCACAUUACUGCACCCACUGCAGAUGGAGAUGGGGCGUUCAGGUGUAUGUCUGCAGCCCUCAGAGAUGCCGGUGUUGUUCCGGCUGAAGUCACAUAUGUCAAUGCUCAUGCCACAUCAACACCUUUGGGUGAUGCUGCAGAAAAUGCAGCCAUCAAAAGGCUUUUCCAACAACAUGCUGACAACCUGGCGGUCUCCUCCACUAAAGGAGCCACGGGACAUCUGCUUGGGGCCGCUGGAGCUUUGGAGGUGGCGUUCACAGCUCUGGCCUGCUACCACGGGGUGCUGCCUCCGACCCUCAACCUGGACCGUACAGAGCCAGAGUUCAACCUAAACUACGUCCCCUGUACAGCACAGCCUUGGCGGACUCUGGACCGACGGAUUGCUCUCACAAACUCGUUUGGGUUCGGCGGCACCAACGCUUCUCUGUGUCUCAGCAGUUUGUAAGGAUUCACUGAAACCAAUUCCAACCAUAAGGGUGACCUGUGGUUGGGGGUUAAUUUGAGCUUCAUGUAAUCUAGUUUCAUCGGGACCUGUUUUCAGAAAUAAAUUUUUAAUCGAAAGGUGAAAAGAAGGGAAAUUUUAAUAAUUUCUUCGAAUAAUUUCUCUUUUCAUGGUCUGUACGUAAAUAGUCUGUACUUAUAUUUUCACAAAUUGUCAGACAUGCAUGAAAUGAAAAUUGGAACUUGAGGUUAAUUUCUUUUUCAAAUAAAAUAACUUGCAAAAACA